UUAAACAUAGCAGUCCCCAUUCCAGACUUGCUAUUAUCUCUUCAGGUCCUACUCAUUUGGUCUGAAGGAGUCAUGCAGCCCUCAUUCUUCGGUCUUUUCUUCCUGGUGACAUGCUUUGCCAGAAGUGUCAGCAGCUCAGUGUUUUACAGCAGCCAGCAGGCGCACAUGAUCCUGCGUCAGAAACGAGCCAACAGCUUCCUGGAGGAGAUCAAGCCUGGCAAUCUGGAACGGGAGUGCAUGGAGGAGACGUGCGACUAUGAGGAGGCCAAGGAAAUCUUCAAGACAAAAGAAGCCACUCUCAAGUUCUGGAUGCAGUAUACUGACGGAGACCAGUGCGUUCCCAACAACUGUGUCAACGGCACCUGUAUCGACCAGGUCGGCUCCUACACCUGCCUCUGCCAUCCUGGCUUUGAAGGGAGACACUGUGACUUCCCGGUGUUUGCCACUAACUGCUCGGAGGACAACGGCGGCUGUGAUCACUCCUGCCAGGAGAGUGGGAACGGGACGAGCCGCAGGUGCGGGUGUUUGCCGGGGUACACCCUGGCCGAUGACGGCAGGAGCUGCCAGCCCUCAGUGCCCUUCGCCUGUGGGAAGAUCGUGGUGGACAGGACCCCAGAGAAGAAGAUAACCAACCCUCUGACAGGCCUCAAGCCCUAUGUGGUGGGAGGGGAGAAGGGGAAGAAGGGCCACAGCCCCUGGCAGGUGCUGCUGAUAAACGCACAGGGCAAAUUCCACUGCGGGGGAGUUCUGAUUGACAACUCCUGGGUCCUCACUGCUGCCCACUGCCUGGAGAAGGGAUCCAGAUAUCAUGUCCGAUUGGGAGAGUAUGAGCGCUACAAGCUGGAGGACACAGAGGUCACGGUGCCUGUCUCGGAGGUCAUCUCUCACCCCCACUACGACAGCAACAUCGCCGACAACGACAUCGCGCUCAUGAGGCUGUCCAGGCCCGUGCCCUACUCCCGGUACAUUCUACCCGCCUGCCUGCCCCCGAAGGGCCUGGCCGAGAGGGUCUUGCUGCGCAACGGCACCCGCAUGGAGGUGUCCGGCUGGGGCCGGGAGAAGGAAGGCUCCAGCAAGUCGAGCUCUGCCCUCCGCUUCAUCGACAUCCCCCUGGCUCCCCUCAGCCAGUGCGCCGAGGUCAUGAGCCAGUCCCCCACUGAGAACAUGCUGUGCGCCGGGGAACUGGGCGUCAAGAAAGACGCCUGUGAGGGGGACAGCGGGGGGCCCAUGGUCACCAAGUACAAGGGCACCUGGUUUCUGGUGGGGCUAGUGUCCUGGGGGGAGGGCUGCGGACGCACAGACAAGCUGGGCAUCUACACCAAAGUCUCCAAUUACCUGGACUGGGUCCAACAGGUGCAGAGCGCCAAGGGGAGCACCGCCUGAGGACGACGUGCUCUCACCUGGAAGGGGGCUUACUGAAAGUCCAGAGAAACUCCAGAGAAACUGUAUCCUGGAGAACGACAAAACCUUGCAAAUCACUAGCAAGAUACAUGUUAAAACUGUUAAUUCAGUGAACAGGAUCAAUCAUACUCUGGGAAUUGUGAAAUUUGCACAGCACUUCAGUAGUUUCACACAUGUUGUAUUUGCGAUGUGCUUGGAGCUCAGUUAUGUGCUUUUGAUUGUUGCAUUGUGUCUUCUCUUGCACUUCCAUUAGGCUAGGCAGGGAUUUCCAUACUGUACAUGUGUGCUGUAAUGCUUACGUAUCAGAAGGUAAAUCAGCAAUCUGCUUACAGAUGGGACUAAAUCAUGGCUUUGUCAUUGUUAUUAGGGGACAAAUAUGUGCAUCCAGAUGGCUAUUGCAGUCCAGAUCUGCCAUAAAACAUGUUUCAUUCAGUAACAUUCACAACACAUAAUACUGUGAAGUGAAGCUGUAGAUGAACAGGCUGUCAAUAUAUUGUUGCCCGAUUGGUGUUAUUAAAACAAGAGACUGAUCCACUUGGAAGAGAGAGGAGUGUUUCUGCAGUCUGGUUUUAGUCACACACAGAAAUUGAAUCAUUUUGGAAGAGUGUUCCCGAGCCUAACUAGCCUAUCUGAAAACAGAAUAAAAUGACUUUAAGACGUAA